CAGAGGUCAACUCACUAGCUUUGGACCAGCACAGUCAACAAGAUCAAGAAAAGAAAGGAUCACCAAUAAAUUUGAUGAAUUUCACAGCAGACUGAGUGUAGAAAAGGCGAACAGUUUAGGACAGACACCGAUCCCAGACAGCACUCUGAUCAGCGGCAUCCUACUGCUUAUACAGACAUGACUGCCUGCGUCUUCAUUCGAGGAGGGAAAAUUGACAGAGAAUUGGCAGCUGAUGAAAUCGAAGAGCUGAGAGAGGCAUUUAAUGAGUUUGAUAAGGAUAAGGAUGGACUGAUUAGCUGUAAGGACCUGGGAAACCUCAUGAGAACGAUGGGUUAUAUGCCAACCGAGAUGGAACUGAUCGAGUUGGGCCAGAACAUCAACAUGAAUUUGGGAGGAAGGGUAGACUUUGAAGACUUUGUGGAGUUGAUGGCCCCAAAGCUUUUGGCAGAAACAGCAGGCAUGAUUGGUGUGAAGGAACUCCGAGAUGCUUUCAAAGAGUUUGAUAUGGAUGGGGAUGGAGCGAUCACUACAGAGGAGUUAAGGUGUGCUAUGAGUAAACUACUGGGAGAGCAUAUGAACCAUAGAGAGAUUGACGCAGUAGUCAAAGAGGCGGACAACAACGGAGAUGGUACAGUAGACUUCGAAGAAUUUGUGAAGAUGUUGUCGAAUUGCUGAGAAAAUCACCCAUGGUUACAGUGUUGCAAAUGCAUGCAUGCUUGCACACAAGAACACAUAUGUACUAUAAACACACACAUAAAUGUUCAAUAACAAAAAUUAUUUGGAAAAUCGUAUUUAUCUAAUCAUGUCUAUCACAUUUCAAGGUAUGUAAAUAGCCGCUUACAUCACUCCUGUGACAAUUCUUCUGGGAUCCUCCGCCACCCCAGCUCCACCUUUAUUUCUAUUCAUUUCUAUUAUAUGCAGUACAUAACAAAAUAGUCCAGGGGGCAAUUUGCAGCAUCAAGUCUCAUGCAUCAAUUUUCAUUCCAAGCCAAAUGUUUAACUUCAUUUCAACUUAUAUUGAAAUAAAUUUGUAUUUGAAAUAAAUUGA